AUGACAGACCUCGCGAGCUAUAUCGAUGUACCACUAGACAGCGAAACCAUCACCCAGAUCCAGACCAAAAUCCUCCAUCUGACCGGCCUCUACAAGGCCGGAAAGCGACUCUUCCCGCGCGAACUGCUAGCAGACCUCAAUACCCAAAUCGAGCAAGACGCGCACGCGGUGCAGAUCAACGACUUCGAUGACAUCCCUCGCAAGUACAGUCUCAAAGUGCCAGGCUGGUGCGCCGAUUUCGCAAACACCUACCGCAUCAACUACCGCAGCAUCCACGACCUCUGCUACCCGACACCGGUAUGUCCGGAGAUCGUCCUGCGCAGUGACCACUGUCCCGUGUCGAUCGGGUACACGCGCACAUCGCCCGCCAGCGGCGCCACCAUCGACGAAGUGCACAAGACGUUUCUCCAGAAACGCCGGCAAUGGGUGGACAGCGAGACCUGCCAGGACCUGGUCCACCAUCUUUCAACCAUGCCGAUCUCGACGCCGAUCAAGAAGAUCGUCUGCUUCGGCCUAGGCACCAUGGGCCACCUGGGCUUUUUCCACUGCACCCGAGCCCAUAUGCAACACGCAGCGAUCGAGACGAUAGCCGCUGUGCUGGCUGCGCGCGGUGCUGACGGCGGAACGGGGGUCGCGUGCUACGCGCAGGACCCGGCCUAUGACGCGGUGGAUUUGGAGCUUCUCGCACGCAUUGGCGUCACGCCGCUCGAUGAUCCGAAGGGGUUUCUGGAGAUCGAUGAGCAUACGCUGGUCUUUUCGGUCAGCCCGAAUGUCCCCGUGAAGCAGAUUGUGGUGGAUGUGCAAUGGCCCGCGGCGAUGAUUUGGAAUACCGUCACGCCGCCGGAGACCGACUGUAACCAGUGGGCAAAGCAGGUCGCGAAGAAUGGGGAUGAGACUUGGAUCAGGUACGUGGCUUCUAAGCUUCUUUGA